CAACUACAAAGAAGUUCCGUUAACUUUACGAGAAACUUGCGUCGCGGGAAAUAUAAUUUUUUGCACAAGUAGUAAGGAAUAAGAAAUAAUAUUAAUUUGGCAAUAGUAAUUGAUUGAAAAAAUAAAAUGUCCACUUUUCACAUCAUUGAAGAUGUACAAGAACAAACCAAUAGUUGUAGCAGUAGUACACUCAAUAAUAAUUCAUCAGUGGUUAAGCAUCAAAUCGAAAAGAAACGAAUAAGAACUAUUGGAAAUUUUAAUUCUAAUGGUACUCCGUUCACUACUACAGCUACAGCUUCCAGUGCUAAGUUUUCUGUGACAUCAACGUCCGAAGGAAAAGCAGUUGUUUCUUCGCUUUCCAUGUCCCUGGAACGUAAAGAUUCCAUACAGUAUAUGCCGAAAAAGAUUGCUCCCUGUAUAAUACCUGCUGGUCAGAGUACAGUUAUACAUUUGGAUAAUUAUACCCAUUUUAUGGCACAACGUGUUACCACCACUAAAACUGCCAUAAAACGAUCGGAAAUUAUCACAGAAGGACAGAGCCAUUUAAUCAUUCCCAGCAGCAGCGGCAGCACGAUAUCUGAAAGCUAUAGCAGUAAUAGUGUUGGCGGUGUUGGUGUCGGCAUUGUGGAUGUUGAUUUUAAAGUUUUAUUAGGUGGUGUAAGUUCAUCUUAUCGCUGCAACAAUAAAACUUUCAAUAUGAAUAAACAAAAAAUGCUGGAUUCUAAAGCUACCUCCACUAAAAUAAGAGGACGCAAAAACUCAUUAGCUUUGGAACAUAAACAACAAAAAGAAAUAAAUAAUAUGACCGUUGAAAAAGCAGAUAAGUCGGAUAGCCCAACUGCAUUAAAGUCGAUAUUAAAGAAACCAAAAACCACAAAUCGACGCAGGAAAGUUAUAAAACCACGAAAGCCUAGAACAACUAAAGUUAAAGGCAAGAAUAAUGCUGAAGAAACAAAUAUAAGCGAAGAAACAACAUGUGCAGACGAAGUAGCAGAUAAAACGUCCUUGCCGCAUAUUACCCAGACCGAUAAUGACUCAAAAAUUCUACAACCUUGUAUCUAUACAUUACAAAGCAAAAAAUGCCUUUCCGAAAUGACAUGUAAAUUUUUACAUUCCGAUUUUCCUUGCAAAUACUAUUAUCUCAAUCUACAAUGUCCAAAAGAUUUCAAAUGUCAAUUUAUGCACAAUGGUCCGCUAGAGCCGAAAUUAAUGGAAGCAUUACGUAGUCAUAUUUUAGAUUUAUUAACAACAAAACCAUCGGCAGUAGAAACUCAUUUUAUAGAACAAUUACAUAGUAUUGAAGAUUUAACGCAAAGAUUAUUGGCUUUUGAAAAAAAUCACGAACAACAGACGUGUGAGAUUAUCGAGGUGAUGGACGAUAACGAUGAAGAACAGGUACUGGUCAUAGAUGAAAGCAGUGAUGAGGUGCAAACUAAUAAUUUUACAGCUCCCCCAGCAACUUCUUUGCGCCUACAUUCCAGUGAGGCUAAUACUACUAUCGCAAUAACAACAGAUAAAUAUGAUACUAUGUAUCAAAAUUUCAAAGAAACAAAUACUAUUAUUGAUGAAAUUGAUCUAAAAUUACAAAAUCUAAAGACCACCUCAAAUAUGACUCCGAACGAAAAAAUUCAUGAACUACAAAAUAUUUAUGAACUUUUAAAAGAACAAGAAAAACGUUUGCCUAUUUAUGAAAAUCUUAAUACUAGUGCAACUAGUGCACAAAUUUCAACAAUGUAUAACCAAAUUACAAACAAUUCAAUAGAGAUGUCGUCAUUACAAUCGAAUCCACCAAAUGAACAACAACAUAUCGUUUUAGUAAAUCCCGAGAUUGUAAAUGAAAUACAAAUUUCAGAAGUACAAGAAAAUUCAGAAUUUGUUAAUGGUAUAAGAUCUUCCGGAGAAAGCCAGGAAAAUCACGAAUUUAAUAAUGAAGAUGUCCAAGAUAAUGUAAUAACUAUAACUGACGAUAAUGAAAGCUUAACUGCAGCUACUCUAAAUGUACCACAAGAAAGUGGUAUGGAAUUUUUAAAUAAUGAUAAGUUACCACAACAGGAGAAUGAUACAAAUGGUAAUAAUGACAUGAUUAACAUACCUCAAGAACAGGAGGUAAAUGACAAUAACAUGUCAGCUAAUUUGCAAAAUGAAGAUUUAUCAAUAAAUACUGAAACUGUAUUAAAUAAUACGGAUAUAAUUGAUAAAGAUAAUUUUGAAAAACCCACAGAAGAAGAAGUAUACAAUGAUAAAAAAGUACUUAAUGAAACAACAAAUUCUAUUUCUAACACUGAAAUGAAUGAUAAUAGUAAUAAGGAAGAAGUACCCUUUGAAAGUGAACAAUUUCAAGUUGCCCACCAACCUUCAAUUGAAAAUUUAGAUACAAAUAAAUCCUUGGACUUGAAUGAUAAUGAACAGCUGGAACAAAAUAUUGGACUUAAUAAUGCCUUUAAACAAAAUAAUGAAAUUCUAGAAUUAGCCAUAACAAUGGAUGAGAAAGAAGUUAUUGAGAGUCAAAUUGAAGUACAAAGAAAAAAUGAAGACGAAACCGAAGAGGAAUCACCCCCAUAUGAACAUAUUUCUAUAGCUAAACCAACUAAAGAAAGACGUUUAAGAUCUCAUACACAACAAGAUAAUGGAGAAACUUCAACUAAUAGCAAUAAUGAAAAAUCUUCUAAAACCAGUUUAGAGGUAACCAAACCUAUAAAAACUCGACGUCUUAGAUUACCUAAACCUAGUAUAAAAACUAGUGAAAAGUCCAACAGUGAAGACUAUCAAAUAAAUGCCGAUAUUAUAAAUAAACUUAUAAAUGCCCCAGAAAAUUCUGAGACUUACGAAAACGCCGAUAAAACAAAAACAUUUUUGGAAGAUGCGGAAAUUCCCUUAACACAAAAUGUUAUAUUAACAAAACGUUUUAUGAAAAAGGCCAAAGCAAAACUUGAACAACAAUCGCUACUUAAUGAAACAAUAGCAACAACAUCACGCCUCCACAAUACAGACAACGAUGUAGAACUAAAAAUGUUUGCUUUGCAUAAAGGAGACAAUCAAAACCUUAGUAGUAUAGAAAACAUAGAUGUUACCCUGCUAACACAAACCUCGGAAGAGAGUUAUACUUUAAAUCCCUCACAGGAUCCCUUAAUUACCGACGAUGUUUGUGAUAAUGCAACAAAAUUAAAUAAUGAAAUUCCCACCUCUAGUGACUGCUGUUACGAUCAUAUAAUUACACCCAUUAGAAACAAAAAGAAAGCAAAAUCUUCAGCAAACCUGGAAACUCCUGAAAAUUCAACAAACACUCACACAAAACGUCGCAUUUCUUUUGAAAAUCCCUCAUCCUCGCUUGCCGCCUCACCCUCGACUUAUAAAGAACAAUUCAAUUUAGGUAAUCCUCAUGUUGUUCUAACUAAACUGAAACCUUCAUAUUUGCUGCAAACAACUUCAAAAGUUAUACAGGCGGAUAGUACCACUACGACCACUACUAAUGUUAAUCCAAUUGUUACUUCUUCUACUUUAUUAGCAGAUGAUAAUAGACAGACAACACAGAAACGACGCAGUUUUACACCAGAAUAUGAUUUGGAUUCAUCUCUGAAAGACAAUAAAUGUUUAAAAAUUGAUGUUGUCAAAUCGAGGCGCAAAGUUAAUUUCGACACUAGACAGCGAACGUAUUCCGAACAGAGUAAUACCUCAAAAGAGGAGAGGGAUUUCGAUACUGAUUCAAGUGAUGAAAAGCUAACUAUAGUCGAUACAUUGCAAACAUCAACGCCAACUGGCAAUGAACGAAAACAAGCCAUUGAGCCUGCUACUACAACCCAUACAGUAGUAGUAACACAUCAUUCUCAUCAUCAGCAUGUGCAUAAAGAACAGGAGCAACAACAACAGGAAAAUGAAUCCGAUUUACGUCAACAAAUUGAAAAUGUAAGCAAUAAAUCGGAUUUACAGCUACAAAUACAACAGCAGCAGGAGAAGCAACAAAAAGAAGUUGAAAAAAUUACAACAGCCACCACCAGUUUCAUCAGUGAAAAUAGCAAUAAUUUGCCACAUAAACAAUACCAGCAGGGGAAUGUCCCGGUGUUGGUGGAAAAGGAAGAGCAGUUGUUGCAACAAAAACAAUCUGAAAAUAAGUUAAAAGAGGAAGCACAAAUUGCAAUGGCUCGUAAUCCAUAUGGUAAUAACGAAAGCGACGGACAAACACAACAUUCUUCGCCCUUUAAACCUAUUGAUGAGCCUGAAAAGCCAACUUCAAAUGCAAGUGAUAAAUAUUCUAAGGAAAAUUUUUCAGUGGAGAUGAAGGAAAAUGUUGAAUAUUCAACUUAUUCUUCAUUGUAUAAUAAGUUAUCGGCACAUUCAACAAAAUGUCAAAUAAAUUUUGAAAAUUCUUCUGUGAAUAUAACACCGAUAUCGUCGCCAACUUAUGGCGAUGAUACUAUUGCCAGUCCAUCGCCAGUCAGGAGAUCUUUUGAAUUUCGUUUGGGUGGCGAAAUCGAUGGCCGUUUAACAUAUCCACCAAUUCCUUAUAUUUUACAUGAAAUUGAUUUGGGAAGAGUUGACAUAAACAAACCAAUUUGCAUUGAUAAACUUAAGAAAACUUUACAAUUAGAUCCCAGAAUAUUUAGAACUCAUGUGAAGAAACAAUUAAUGACUUUGUGUAAACCAACUGGAAAAACAUCGAAUGCUUUGGUGUCUUUAACAACAAGCAAUACCUCGAAUUUAUCACACGGUGGUGGUGCAUCAGUAAAUUUUGCGCAACCAACAAACACAACAAUGGUUUCACCUUAUGACCCAAGAAAUCGUACACCUGCCCUAAUGACAGACAUAGCAACGCCAAUAAUGACGCCACAAACUGCACUAACUCCUUACAAUAAUAUGAAUGUGGUUGCGGCAACUUCGCCAUCAGCAUCAUUAACAUCAUCGCCUUAUAUGAACACAGACAUACCGAAUGCCGUUCCUUUGGCUCUGCAAUACCACAGCACAGCACAACCAAUCUUACAGCCUCAACAGCAACAAACUCCAAAUAUGUUCCUUUAUGGUUGCCUACAACGUUCGCCAUGGUAUCAGAGCCUGAUGUCUACCAUGAAAAUUCAAAUAAAUCAAUCAAUAUCACAACUGGUACGUGCCUUAAAUAACUUUCAUCGUGAACGUCUCUUAAAUCCUGAAAUGGUAUUCGACGUAUUCAAAAUUGAUUGUGCCGGUGAACUUUUGGAGAUUAUGCGUAAUUUGGGUAUAUUUGUAGAUGCAAAUGGCAUUAUCAAUGAACAGCGACAUGUUCCUUCUUUUGGCGGCCGUUCUUGUUGUAAUACGAUGCCAGUUAAUGCCACAUAUAGUUUUAUACAGCAGGUCCUAACACCCAAUACCCAUUGCACUUCGAUGACAACUGCAUCAUCGACCUAUAAUGCGGCAGGUGGUGCUGCUGCAGUUGGUUCGCUUAAUGUCAAUGAACCAUUUGUUAGUUGUUAUAUUAAAGCACCAGAACCGCCAAUACAAAAACAUUCGGAUGAAUGUGGUGUAACAAGUCAGCAUGGUCAUCAUGAUGACCACAAUAAUAAUAAUAAUACUAAUAGUAGUGUUAGUAGUAAUUGUAAUAGAUGUUGUAAUAACACUAACAGUUGCUGUGACAAUGGCAGCGGUGGCAACAACAACCAAAAUAGUCAUUAUAAUCAAAAUAAUAAUAACAAUAAUAGACGCUUUGGCAAUCAAUUUAAGAAACCCUAUGAUAACAAUUAUAACAACAAUAACGGCAGUAACAGCUAUCAACCACGUUCCAAUCAACGUUCAUCUUAUAGCAAUAAUCCUCGUUUUAAUAAACCUGGUUUAAGUUCUCCUUCAAAAUCCAACUCUUCGCCACCCAAUUCUCCAAGAGGAAGAGGAGGAGGUGGUUUUGAUAGUGGUAGUAGUUAUGGUGGCGGUGGUCGUGGAGGACGUGGUGGUUUUAAUAACAAUCGUCGUUUUAAUAAUUUCAAGAACAAGGAUAACAAUUACGAUAAUAAUGCUAGCUCUUCUUGGUCUUCAUCUUCCGCCGCGGACAACAAUGAAAAUCGUUUUAAUAAAUUUCAAAAUAAUAAUUCACCUCCUCGUUCUUCAUCACCCAUUUCAUCUUUUCAAUCGGGUUCGCCUCGUCCAGCAACAGCAGCUACUAAGUCUUCACCACCUCCUGUAGCUAAAAAGUCUUCAACUGAUGAAGAAUGUUGGGAUUCUGAUAACUGAUUAUUUGAUGCUGAUGCUGAUGUAAUUUAAUCUACAAAUUUGAAAAAUUCUGUGGAUUCAACAAAAUGAAUAAAAAGUUUUAAGUUUCAAUGAAUUAAAUAAUAAUUUCAUUUUUAUAACUAAAAAUAUAUCUAAGUAUUACUUUUAAUUUAAUGGAAAAAGUAAACUAAUUUCAAUGUAUAACGUGCUGGUACGUUACUUUAAAAUGAAAUAACUUAUUUCCUGUUUAUUUUUUUCUUAUUUAUUAUUUUAAUAUAUAUUUACUUUUAAAUUAAAUUAACAAAAAAAGAAGUCAUAGUAGUAGCAGUUACUAUUUCUUCUUUUAAUCAUAUUUAAAUGAGAAUUUUUGUGAACUAAAAGUAACUAUUUUCUUUUUGUUAUACUUAAAAUAUAAUGCAUUUGAAUAAAGCGACAUUUUUUUAAAG